AUGGGAUGCGAGGUGCCCUGCGGCGAUUGCAGCAACGACUGCAGCGUGGCCGACAUCGAGGACUAUGAGAAGGAGCUGGCGGACCUCCGGAAGAGGACCAAGGAGGUAGAGGCGAGGCUGGCCAGGCUCAACGCAAAGAAGCCCGGCGGCGCACCCAAGCCCAAGCUGCGGUCGUCCAACUGGUUCAGCCGCAAGGACGACCUGACCAUCAGCGCGCUCUACGUCGAGCGCUACCUCAACUCGGGCAUCACGAGGGAGGAGCUGGUGUCCGGGAGGCCCAUCAUCGGCAUCGCGCAGUCCGGCAGCGACAUCGCCCCGUGCAACCGGCACCACCUCGAGCUGGCCAAGCGCGUGCGCGAGGGAAUCCGCUCGGCCGGCGGGGUCGCCUUCGAGUUCCCCAUGCACCCCAUCCAGGAAUCCACCCGGCGGCCCACGGCGACCCUCGACCGCAACCUUGCGUACCUGGGGCUGGUGGAGCUCAUGCACGCCUACCCCUUCGACGGCGUCGUCAUGCUCACAGGCUGUGACAAGACCACCCCGGCCUGCCUCAUGGCCGCCGCCACUGUCAACAUCCCGACCAUCUGCCUCAAUGUCGGGCCCAUGCUGAACGGCUGGGUCAACGGCCAGAGGGUCGGCUCCGGCUCUGUCGUGUGGCAGGCUCGUGAGCUGCACGCCGCCGGAUAUAUUGCGGACGACGAGGUUGCGGACUUUGUCGCGAGCGGGACCCCUUCGCCCGGGCAUUGCAACACCAUGGGAACAGCUUCCACCAUGAAUGCCCUCGCUGAAGCCCUGGGAAUGGCCCUGCCCGGGUCAGCAGCCAUCCCGGCGCCGUACCGAGAGCGGUCCCAGGUGGCAUACAAGACAGGCACCCGCAUCGUUGAGAUGGUCCAUGAGGACAUGAAGCCAUGCGAUAUUAUGACACGACAGGCCUUUGAGAAUGCCAUUGUCGUGAACACCGCCAUCGGCGGCAGCACCAACGCCCCUAUCCACCUCUGCGCCGUAGCCAAGCAUGCAGGAGUGCCCUUGGACCUCGACGACUGGGACCGCCUCGGCUUCACGGUCCCGCUGCUGCUGAACAUGCAGCCGGCAGGGGAGAUGCUCAGCGAGGACUACUACCGCGCCGGGGGCCUCCCUGCCAUCCUGGCCGAGCUCCUCGAGGCCGGCAGGCUGCCGCACCCGGACGCCCUCACGUGCAGCGGCAAGAGCACGGACAAGAACGCCCGCGGCAAGCUGACGUGGGACCGGCGCACGAUCCGGCCCUUUUCCGACCCGCUCAGGGACAACGCCGGGUUCCUCCACCUGAGGGGCACCCUCUUCGACUCGGCCAUCAUGAAGACGUCGGUCAUCUCGCCCGAGUUCCGGGCCGAGUUCCUCGAGGACCCGGGCGACCCCAACGCCUUCGAGAGCCGCGUCGCCGUCUUCGACGGCCCGGAGGACUACCACGCCCGGCUCGAGGCCGCCGCCGACGCGGGCAGCAUCGACCGCCACACCGUCCUCGUCAUGCGCGGCGUCGGGCCGCUGGGCUACCCGGGAGCCGCCGAGGUGGUCAACAUGCGCGCGCCGUCGCGCCUGCUCAGGCAGGGCGUCAAGGACCUGCCGUGCAUCGGCGACGGGAGGCAGAGCGGCACCUCGGCCGCGCCGUCCAUCCUCAACGCCACCCCCGAGGCGGCCGACGGCGGCAACCUGGCGCUCCUGCGGGACGGCGACCGCGUCAGGGUCGACCUCGGCGCGCGGAGGGUCGACAUCAUGCUGCCCGCGGCGGAGCUGCAGGCGCGGCGCAGGGAGCUCGAGGCCCGCGGCGGGUACCACGGGCCCCCGAGCCAGACGCCAUGGCAGGAUAUAUUCCGGCGUGAGGUCGGCGGCCUGAGCGAGGGCAUGGUUCUCAAGCGUGCUGUCCAGUUCCAGCGUGUGGCGCAGUCGGACCCCCCCAGGGAUAACCACUGA